CGCCCCGGUCUACCCGAAGCCGCGCAUCGUGAACGGCGUGAACGCGGCCGCCGGCCAGUUCCCGUACCAGGUGGGCAUGUACCUGGACGACAACGCCUUCUGCGGGGGCUCCCUCAUCUCCUCUCGCUGGGUGCUCACCGCCGCCCACUGCGCCUCCGGUGUGAGCACAUUCGAAGUGUACCUCGGGGCUGUCAACAUGGACGCUCGUGACGACAGCGUCCUCGUUGUAGAGACGAGGAGCAAGAUCGUCCACCCCAGCUACAGCUCUCUCUUCCUGUCGAACGACAUCGCCCUGCUCAACCUGCAGCAAGACGUUCCUUUGAGCGCCUCCAUCCAGCCCGUCCUCCUUGCCUCCGGAUCCAACACUUUCGAAGGAGCUUCUGCCCGCGUCAGUGGAUGGGGAAAGGUGUCAGACGCCAGCACCUGGAUUAGCCCUCAACUGAAGUACGUUGACCUCUCCAUCAUCUCAAACAACGUGUGCGCUCAGUCCUUUGGCUCCUAUAUGGUCCGCGCCUCCACCAUCUGCGGUCUGGGCAGCAGCGGCCGCAGUGCUUGCAACGGUGACAGCGGCGGCCCGCUGGUGGACUCCUCGUCCGGCAGGCAGAUCGGCAUCGUGAGUUUCGGUUCGCACCUCGGCUGCGAGAGCGGCUCCCCCAACGGCUUCGCUCGCGUCAGCUCCUUCGCCGACUGGAUCUCCCAGAACACCGGCCUCGCCAUCGCCUAAAUCUCAGCACAGCUGCUCAACACUCAACACGAAGUGUGGAGGAAUGCAUCUAACUCGCUAUUUCAUUUUGUAAUAAAGAAGUUGGAAAAGC